GUGAAUGCUUGACAGGGAUCUCCAACCCGCUCAGGAUGCACCCAAACUCGUCCCCGCCUGCCUCGGAGACCCCAGCCAAGCAGCCAACCACCCAAGUCAAGGAUGAAUCUCACGAUGGCGCCCUGCAACUCCUGGCCGCCACGGCACGACCGAGCUCGACCCCGAGGCAGCUCACAAGCUCCGUCAUCGGCCUGCGGGAAUCCGCCCACCUACACGGGAACCAGUACAACUGGAUCUCCAGCAUCUUCUUCUUCGGGCAACUCGCCUUCAGCUUUCUGACCGUGCGGCUGCUCCAGGCCUUUCCGCUCGCGCGCUAUGUGGCUGUCAACGUGAUUGUCUGGGGUGCCAUUCUUGCGUACAUGGCGGCCUGUCACACCUUCGCCGCUCUGAUGGUCUGUCGCACGUUUCUUGGCGUGGCGGAGGCAGCAAUUGUGCCUGCCUGGGUAGUGUUUACGUCGCAGGGGUAUAGGAAAGAGGAGCAGGCGUUUCGUGUGGGCAUUUGGUUCGCCAUGUGCGGCUUCGCGCAGAUGUUUGGCGGGUAUAUUGCGUACGGUAUCGCAGUGCAUAUCGAUAGCAGCGCCCCGCUGCGAGGAUGGCAGAUCAUCUUUCUGGUUUUGGGAGGCUUCACGGUAGUGGUGGGCGUCUUGUUUCUAUUUAUACUGCCGGAUUCGCCGGUCACGGCGCGAAGGCGCACCUGGUUGUAUGCCUUCUGGGUGUUCGCAGCCAAGGUGCCUAAUUCCAUCGCCACGAGCUUUGGGAACAUUCUGGUCACGGGGAUGGGGUAUUCCUCGCGGCAAAGCUUGUUGUUGGUUACUCCGUUGGGCGCUAUGAGGACUGAGCAGAGGCUUUUCUGGUGCAUUAUCGGUCACAUACCGUCGAUUGUCGGAGCGAUUCUGAUGGCCACAACCGAGAAGACCCCCGCGUUGAUUGGAUAUUACCUGUCUGGUGGGGUCCCCAUCGGAUGGACGACGAUUCUGGGCCUGACGAGCACGAAUGUGGCUGGAUCGACCAAGAAAAUCACCGUUGUGUGUAUCCAAACCGUGGCUUAUACUGUGGGCAACAUCAUCUCCCCGCAGACCUUCCAGGCCAAGGACGCACCGCGAUACCUCCCCGCCAAGAUCUCCAUCGUCGUGCUCUAUGUCCUGAUCACGAUUGAUUUGUGUCUUAUCCGGUGGGUGGCGGUGCGCGAGAAACGAAGGAGAGACGCGGAGAAGGAGGCAGAAGGUGACGCGCAUGUCGUACAGCAGAAACAUGAGUUCAUGGAUCUGACCGAUCGAGUGAAUCGUGAGUUUCGAUACGCUAUUUAA